ACAGCGCGUGUGCCCAUUGAGGCGGGCAGCGGGGCCGGCAGCACUGCAGAGAGGUGGGCACGGCCCUCCGGGGGCUGGGCCUGGGGGUGGGCGCGAUGCUGUGCGUGCGUGGGGAGGGGGCCGCGCCGAGCGGGGGGCGCGUUCGCUCGCUGCGAUUCACAUCGCGCUCGCUUUCCCGUCUCGUAUGCAUGCCUAUUCCGGGGAUGGUGUAGUCAGCCCGUAGCUGAAUUAUUUAUAGACUCGUGCCAGCUGUUUUUUUUUUAUUAUUUUUGAUUUUUUUUUUCCUGAUUCCACUUGUGUGCGCCGUUGGGAAAUGCGUUUUGCUUCCCUUUCUUCUCAAUGAAGGGGACGCUUUGAGGAUAAUCAUGCUUCACAGAAGAACGGCACCGACCUCCAGUUGCUUUCAACACAACCUCCUCCACUAGGGCUCCGGGAGAGAGAAGAGGAGAGAAAAUAAUCGUAAGAAUAAUCACUAAAAGGCAAAAGGAAUGCUUACUCUGGAACCUGCAUUUGACGAUCCUCACAGCUCGCGCUGAAUCUCCUCUGAAGUGAUGCUCUCCAGCUUUUGAAUUUGCACCGCUUCAAGACGCAAGAUUGCCACCAAGAAUCCUCUGUUUGUUGUUUUUUUUUACAGCCAAAUAGGAUUUUUUUUAACUUGUUCCCCAACUUUUGCCCCCCCCCCUCCCCCGACCCUUAUUCUUCUUAUGUGGAUAUGCAAGCAAGAAGAGGAGCCUGGACAUUCCCAACAUGCUCUCUCCCUUGAUCCGUCCGUCUAGAGGUUCUGCUUCUACAAACCGAGGGAGUGUAAGAGCUGAAGAUGAGGCCCAGGGUGGAGUGCUACUCUCCAAGGUUUUGGCUGGUGCUGGCAGUCCUCGCAACAACAGGGAGCGGGACCCACGCGCAAAAAAGCCACCCAAGCAUUGGCAUUGCGGUCAUCCUGGUGGGGACCUCAGACGAAGUGGCCAUCAAAGACGCCCACGAGAAAGAUGACUUCCACCACCUCUCAGUGGUGCCCCGGGUGGAGCUGGUGGCCAUGAAUGAGACAGAUCCCAAGAGCAUCAUCACCCGCAUCUGUGACCUCAUGUCAGAUCGGAAGAUUCAAGGGGUGGUAUUUGCUGAUGACACAGACCAGGAAGCCAUUGCCCAGAUCCUGGACUUCAUCUCUGCCCAGACCCUCACUCCCAUCCUGGGCAUCCAUGGAGGCUCCUCUAUGAUCAUGGCAGAUAAGGAUGAGUCAUCCAUGUUCUUCCAGUUUGGCCCAUCAAUAGAACAGCAAGCUUCAGUCAUGCUCAACAUCAUGGAAGAAUAUGACUGGUACAUCUUCUCCAUUGUCACUACUUAUUUCCCUGGUUACCAGGACUUUGUGAACAAGAUCCGCAGUACCAUUGAGCACAGCUUUGUGGGUUGGGAACUGGAGGAGGUCCUCCUGUUGGACAUGUCCCUGGAUGACGGAGACUCAAAGAUCCAGAACCAGCUCAAGAAGCUCCAAAGCCCUGUUAUCCUCCUCUACUGCACCAAGGAAGAGGCCACCUACAUUUUUGAGGUGGCCAACUCUGUGGGUCUGACAGGCUAUGGUUACACGUGGAUCGUGCCAAGCCUGGUGGCAGGGGAUACAGACACAGUGCCAUCCGAGUUCCCCACCGGGCUCAUCUCUGUCUCAUAUGAUGAAUGGGACUACGGUCUUCCUGCUAGAGUGAGGGACGGAAUAGCCAUAAUCACCACGGCUGCUUCUGAUAUGCUGUCUGAACACAGCUUCAUCCCUGAGCCCAAGAGCAGCUGUUAUAACACCCAGGAGAAAAGGAUUUACCAGUCCAACAUGCUCAACAGGUACCUGAUUAACGUCACCUUCGAAGGCAGGAAUUUGUCGUUCAGUGAGGACGGAUACCAGAUGCAUCCGAAGCUGGUGAUCAUCCUUCUGACCAAGGAGAGGAAGUGGGAGAGGGUGGGGAAAUGGAAGGAAAAGAAGUUGCAGAUGAAGUACUACGUGUGGCCCCGCUUUGAGCUUUAUCCUGACUCUGAGGAGCGCGAGGAUGAUCACCUGAGUAUAGUGACCCUGGAAGAGGCACCAUUUGUCAUUGUGGAGAAUGUGGACCCCCUAAGUGGCACCUGCAUGAGGAACACAGUCCCUUGCCAAAAACGCAUUGUGACUGAGAACAAAACUGAUGAGGAGCCGGAUUAUAUGAAGAAGUGUUGUAAGGGGUUCUGCAUCGACAUCCUCAAGAAAAUCUCAAAGUCUGUCAAGUUCACCUAUGACCUCUACUUGGUGACUAAUGGCAAGCAUGGGAAGAAGAUCAAUGGGACGUGGAAUGGAAUGAUUGGAGAGGUUGUCACCAAACGGGCCUAUAUGGCUGUGGGAUCCCUCACAAUUAAUGAGGAACGAUCAGAAGUGGUGGAUUUCUCUGUGCCCUUCAUUGAGACGGGAAUCAGCGUCAUGGUGUCACGUAGCAAUGGAACUGUCUCACCUUCUGCCUUCUUAGAGCCAUUCAGUGCUGACGUCUGGGUGAUGAUGUUUGUGAUGCUGCUUAUCAUCUCUGCAGUGGCCGUCUUUGUCUUUGAGUACUUCAGCCCUGUGGGCUAUAAUCGGUGCCUUGCUGAUGGCAGAGAGCCAGGAGGUCCCUCUUUCACCAUUGGCAAAGCUAUCUGGUUGCUGUGGGGGCUGGUGUUCAACAACUCUGUGCCAGUGCAGAAUCCCAAAGGUACCACUAGCAAGAUCAUGGUGUCAGUGUGGGCCUUCUUUGCUGUCAUCUUCCUGGCCAGCUACACUGCCAAUCUGGCUGCCUUCAUGAUCCAAGAGGAAUAUGUGGACCAGGUGUCUGGCUUGAGCGACAAAAAGUUCCAGAAACCCAAUGACUUCUCACCCCCUUUCCGCUUUGGGACAGUUCCCAAUGGCAGCACAGAAAGGAACAUUCGCAACAACUACCCUGAAAUGCACAGCUACAUGGUGAAGUUCAAUCAGAGGGGAGUGGAUGAUGCCCUAUUCUCAUUGAAGACUGGGAAGUUGGAUGCUUUCAUUUAUGAUGCAGCAGUGCUGAAUUACAUGGCUGGCAGAGAUGAAGGCUGCAAGCUGGUGACAAUCGGGAGUGGGAAAGUGUUUGCCUCCACAGGCUAUGGCAUUGCCAUCCAAAAGGACUCAGGCUGGAAGCGCCAGGUUGAUCUUGCUAUUCUACAGCUUUUUGGAGAUGGGGAGAUGGAGGAGCUGGAAGCACUGUGGCUCACUGGCAUUUGUCACAAUGAGAAGAAUGAGGUUAUGAGCAGCCAGCUGGAUAUAGAUAACAUGGCAGGUGUCUUCUACAUGCUGGGAGCAGCUAUGGCCCUCAGUCUCAUCACCUUCAUCUGUGAACAUCUCUUCUACUGGCAGUUCCGCCACUGCUUCAUGGGUGUCUGCUCUGGCAAGCCUGGUGUGGUCUUCUCCAUCAGCAGGGGUAUCUACAGCUGCAUUCAUGGUGUGGCCAUUGAGGAACGCCAGUCAGCAAUGAACUCUCCCACAGCGACUAUGAACAACACCCAUUCCAACAUCCUCCGCCUGCUUCGGACAGCCAAGAACAUGGCCAACCUGUCAGGGGUCAAUGGCUCACCGCAGAGUGCCCUGGACUUCAUCCGCCGCGAAUCAUCGGUUUAUGAUAUUUCUGAACACCGCCGCAGCUUCACCCACUCAGACUGCAAGUCCUACAACAACCCCCCAUGCGAGGAGAAUCUAUUUAGUGACUAUAUUAGUGAGGUGGAGAGGACCUUUGGCAACCUCCAGUUGAAGGACAGCAAUGUAUAUCAGGAUCACUACCACCACCACCACCGUCCCCACAGCAUUGGAAGCACCAGCUCCAUCGAUGGGCUCUAUGACUGUGACAACCCACCUUUCAACGCCCAGUCGCGGUCCAUCGGGAAGAAGCCUUUGGACCUGGGGCUGCCCCCUGCCAAGCACAGCCAGCUGGGUGACCUCUAUGGCAAGUUCUCCUUCAAGAGUGACCGCUAUGGGGGCAGCGGGGCCCACGAUGACCUGAUCCGCUCAGACGUCUCUGACAUUUCCACUCACACAGUUACCUAUGGCAACAUUGAAGGCAAUGCAGCUAAGCGGCGGAAGCAGCAGUACAAGGACAGCCUGAAGAAGCGUCCAGCCUCUGCCAAGUCCCGGCGGGAGUUCGAUGAGAUAGAGUUGGCCUACCGCCGGCGCCCACCCCGCUCGCCCGACCACAAACGCUACUUCAGGGACAAGGAAGGGCUACGGGACUUCUACCUGGACCAGUUUCGGGCCAAGGAAAACUCACCACACUGGGAACAUGUGGACCUGACAGAUAUCUACAAAGAGCGUGGAGAUGAGUUUAAGCGGGACACAGGAGGAGGAGGAGGAAGUGGAUCCUGCACAAACAGAGCCCACCAUAAGCACGGUUCGGGUGAGUUUGGCGGAAGCAAUGAGCACAAGCAUGGUGUUGUGAGCGGGGUCCCGGCGCCCUGGGAGAAGAAUCUGACCAACCUAGACUGGGAGGACCGGUCUGGGGCUAAUUUCUGCCGCAGCUGCCCUUCUAAGGUGCACAACUACACGCCGUCAGUGGUGGGGCAGAAUUCCACUCGCCAGGCCUGCAUCCGGUGUGAGGCCUGCAAGAAAGCAGGCAACCUGUAUGACAUCAGUGAGGACAACUCUCUCCAAGAGCUGGACCAGCCACCUGCCCCUGUGCCCGUGGCCACCAGUGCCACCUCCUCCUCCAAAUAUCCUCAGAGCCCUUCCAAUUCUGCCUCCAAGGUGCAGAAGAAGAACCGCAACAAGCUCCGCCGGCAGCACUCCUAUGACACCUUUGUGGACCUGCAAAAGGAUGACUCGGCCCUGGCCCCUCGCAGCGUCAGCCUCAAGGACAAGGGUCGCUUUUUGGAGGGGAGCCCCUACGCCCACAUGUUUGAGAUGCCAGCCAGUGAGACCACCUUUGCCAACAACAAGUCCUCAGUGCCCGCCACCAGCUACCACCACCACAACAACCCCGGCAGCAGCGGAGGAUACAUGCUCAGCAAGUCGCUCUACCCUGACAGGGUCACCCAAAACCCUUUCAUCCCUACUUUUGGGGAUGACCAAUGCUUGCUCCACGGCAGCAAAUCUUAUUUCUUCAGGCAGCCUGUGGUGGCAGGAGGGCCCAAAGCCAGGCCAGACUUCCGAGCCAUCGUCACCACCAACAAGCCGGUGGUCUCAGCCCUUCAUGGGGCUGUGCCAGCCCGUUUCCAGAAGGACAUCUGUAUAGGGAACCAGUCCAACCCCUGUGUGCCUAACAACAAAAACCCCAGGGCUUUCAAUGGCUCCAGCAACGGGCAUGUUUAUGAGAAACUCUCCAGUAUUGAGUCUGACGUUUGAGUGAGAAGGAAGGAGCAUGGGGAGGGACUGGGGGUGGAUGUGGAGCAUGGGAGGGUGGGGUGGGAUCGAUCCCAUCAGCUACUCUCCCUGGUCAUCCUUAGUUUGUGGGAUACUGGAGUUCUGAGUAGUACAGCAUUGGUGACAAGUGCCACCUCUUUGGUUUCCCCUCUUCCUCCUCCUCUUUCCCACCCCUCCCCUUUUAUCUCUUUUUCCAUGUUCUCUCUCCUCCCAUUCUCCUCCAUUCCUGGCCAUUGCACUUUACAGUGACGUUGGAGUUGGAUGUCCUCAUUCGUGAUUUCACGAGGGGGAGAAGAAGGCAGGGAAAGGGUGGGGUGAGGGGGAGCAAUAGUGAUUCUAGCAUUUCACUCUUGCUGACUCCCAGCAGAGAAAGGCAUGUGCAUGCACACAUGUGGCAAGGAGGAGACAGCAGAAGAAGUGUAAUGGACAUGCAGGAAAAUAUGCUUGUUCAGGCAACUCUUCCUGAAACUGCCUAGAAAAGAGUGAUGUUUGAAGACGUGGAGAAAGUGUAGGAGGAAUAACAUGACUAACUUGAUGAUGCACUUACAUGUUAGGUAUACUGAGGUUCUUGUUACAUUAUUUUGUGAAGACUAUGGGGGUUUAGGGCUGAAAUAUAUAUAUAUUUGCGUAUACGCUGAGAAUUUUCCGCUGACGUUUUGAAUCGUUUGCUGGGAGAUGUGGGGUGAGGGAGAGAAGGCUUGUUUGCAGGUAUGGUGAGUGGUUUCACUGUGGCUAUUACAGGCAUUGAAUCUGUGACAGGCCAGUGGGAGAGCUGAAAAGGAAAUGGGUUUUGAGUCUGGGAGAGCAACCCUUGAAUCAGGGGGGCUUCUGGGAGCUCUGACAGGAUGCUGUUUUGCACUGAAACGAAAGGAAUUUGGGGAAAGGGAAGCAGGGUUGGUUUUUUAGCUAUGAAUUGCUCACUAAUUGUGGUUUACUUCAAGGGUGGGAGCAGUAUUUAGUAUGGGUUAGCCUAUACGCGAGUAUAUACAAUGAAUUUAUACUUGAAAUGUCUGUGGAGAAAGCAAAAUAAACUCACAAUCCUAUAAGGUGUCUGGAUAACACACAGUGGAACAGAGCUAAAGAGUAGGGAAAGGUGGGGAGUUUUGUCACUGUCUCUUCAGAGGACACCAAGCCUGUUUUGGCAUGUUCUUUAGCAAGGAGAGCAGGACAAGAAAUGUUUUCAUCCUUCUGCCCUCCCCACCCUUGGCCAGCAGGAUGGAAGGAAAGGAAUGGGGUGUCCUCUGCCAAUGGUGGCAUGGUGCUGGAGAGAGAAAAAAAAAAAAGCCACAUGAAAAGGUGCAUGUGGUGGCAGUGGUGUUGGUGGACUGUUUUGAUGCCUCCUUGGACACGUGGAAAUGGGAAAAGGGUGUUCGCACCCAUGGGAAAUACAUAUGUAUAUUUACUAUUGAAUGUACAUGGGAAGUACACAGCUUGUCUUCCUGGCAAUGGGUGUGCUUGAAUAAAUGCCAGAGAGCACAGGAACUUGUGCUGAGGGCUGAAGACAAGACAUGCAAGGCUGAGAUGUGUGUGUACGUGUACGUGUGCCUCAGUGUGUGAGAGAGAUACUAGCACAAGUGCAAAGCUGGAAUAGCCUAGGGUUUCCCAUCCCUGCAGUUGUAGUGACAGCUUUCCUGGUGCAUAUAGUAUCGAUAGGAGUGUUUUUUCUUUCCACUGUAUCAUUUUAGAUGCAAGUUAAACUUAACAGAAAGGGAGCAAUGGUAGGAGUGAGAAGUUGAACUCCCUCUUCAUAUGUCUUCUUUUUCCUGAGGUAGGGCAUGGGCCAACCUCUCUCAUCCGGAGAUGUGGCAGAGCCCCUCCUGUUUCUCCCAAGUCUGUCCCAGUGUCACGGUUACCAUGGCUCGCCAGGGAGAGGGUUGAGAGAACCCUGUGCUGAGGGCAUGGGGACACUCCUGGGGACUGACUGAAUGGAGAUGGCAGCCCCUUUAUGAGCCUCUUGGAGCUGAAAGCCACCUCGCUCGCAUUCCUCACCGCACCCUGGUUGAUUUUAUCUUAUCUUUCUCUUUUUAAGCCAACAGAAGGCCUUUUAUUUAUUUACCUAUUUAUUUUAUUUAUUUUUUAGAGCUGGGGUGGGGGGAGGGUGAGAUUUGCCUGUAAAGUCAAAGAGUGUGAGGAGAGGGUGGGCAAGGUCUGUGAAGGGAACAUUUUCUUAGAUUUCACUGAGGAAAUUGAGGAGGGAAGAGGGGGAGAGUCUUUCUAAUGCCACCCCUUGGUCUUUGGGGUAAGGGAACUUCUUAUUCUUUCCCUCUUCUCUCAUUACAAGGACAAAAAGGAAAAAAAGAAAAAAAAAAAGGAAAAAAAAAAAAAGAAAAGAAACCAAACAAAUUAAGAGAGCGAUCUGCAAUCCAGAACACACGGCAGCCUGUCAGAUGCCUCUGACAGCGGCCACCAAGAAGGCGUUCCUUUCAUUUGUAAAUAUUUCUUUUUUAUUGCGUUUUUGUAUAAAUUGGUGUUUCUCUUCUCGUGAAUAUUCAGGUCGUGGGGUGGGAGGGAGGGGAGUUUGUUUCUGUUCUGUUUGUUUUCUACGACUUUUCAGGCUGCGUUUUUGGAAGCGGUUUACGCGGGUCGAGGCCGUAUGAAUGAGGAAGAGAGAGAGAGCGAGAGAGAGAGAGAGGAAAAAAAAAAACACGUGUGUUGUGUACCCCUAGGCCCCCCGUAUCGCCCUGUCACCUUAUCUUCAUGAAUGGAAGACGCCGGAACGUCACUUCAAGCCUUGCCAGCAGGGUUUCAUGUUUUGAUGGGAACACCCCCAAUUCCUUUUUGCAUAUAAACUCUCUGUACCAGCAUCUCUCUGUGGAGUUUGAGCCUCAAGGCACUACGCUGUCUUAGUAGUGGUGGGGUGAACCAUCAAGUUGGCCGCUCAGGUUGGACCAUCACUUGACAUUAAGAGACUUCUCCAAUGCUACAUUGGUUUAGAAAUCUUGGACCUGGGAAAGCUCGUGAGAAUUUCUGGUUAUUUCCUAAGGGCUUGGGGGGGAACUUGACAGCUGGCAAGGGCAGCUAAUCUCAUUGGUGGUUAUUUCAGUACUUUACGUCCCUCCCCACCUGGAACAAGGAAACCUGGAGGGUGGCUCUGCAGGGAAAUUAAGCCGAAAACAAACCAAAAAGAAGUUAAUGGAACUUUUUUCAAAUCUCUUCUUAAAGGUUCUGAUUUUUGUGUUCCAGGGUGAAAGUUGGUUCGUAUUUUCUCCAAGCUGGUCUGUCCCUUGUUCCACUGAUUGGCAAAUGAUAGUUUGCCAAAAUCAUUAUCUAGUGUUGAUACUGUGUAGCACUGUUAACACUGGGAGUGCUCUGCAAAUAUUAACUGUGCCACAAACCACUCAAAUGAAUGCUCUAGGGCAACCAGAAAAGAAGAACUGGAAAUUCUGGACUGAACCACUGGUCUAACUACAGGAGUCUGGUGUUUUGCCUUCUCCCACAAUAAAUUAGGCCACGUGUCCAUCAGGUUAUUCCUUUCUCUAUAAGUGAUCUUUUCUGGUUGCUUUGUUUAUUUUAGUUCUGACAGGUCAACAAAUUUUGGAACAGAGGUGAAGGGGAGGGGCUGGGAGGGGGGAGGGUGUAAUUCAUAAUCCAGAAAAUAAACCAAUGAUGUUAUUAAACUCUGAUUAUAUAUUUAGAAUUUUAGAUUUGGUGUAUUUUCAUUCUAAGUAUUCAAGUGAAUCAAUCAGGUAAUAUUAGCAGCAGGUGUUGUCUAUACUAGAAUACCACCCAUGUGCUGUUUAUUACCUGUCAUGAAAAGAACGGGAUUUCAUACCAGAGCCUGACAAAAUUCCACAUCUCCUCACUUGCCAUUUCCCUCUCUCUCCUGUAGAAACACCAGAAUUUUCUGGGGGCAGUGGCUGGGAUCAUUUCCCCUUUCUGAACGUUUCUGCACACAUGAAUAAUGAUCAAAAAUCAUUGUGUCCUCUACAGGUGUGUGACCUCUACUGUAUAUUUGCAGCCAGCCUCCUGGGAAAGAUUAGGCGCUUUUGGCAGUGUUUCUGACAUUUGCCUCCUCAGUCUAGUUCCAGGCAUGGCUCUCUGAGAGGUAUUUCAUGAACCACAUUCUUCUGAAGUGGUACCGGAGUGUAGGUACUCAGCUGAAGGAGGAUGUGUAUGAAGGAGAUGGAGGAAAUAUUAAAAAUAUAUGUAUGUCAGGGAUGUGUCACGCACAGCGGAAUGCAUCUGGCAGGUAGAACUUGCAGCCAUGGAUCUCCUCAUCGUAAACCUUCUUGGGGAAUUCACACCAGCUUUUUACUGUAGCAGUCCCGUCUCCCAUCAUGCCUUCCAGGGAGGGCACAAUCAGAACUCACCUUGUCACCUCAUAAAUAGGAAAGAGGAGCUGCAGUCAGGACUUGUUAUCAGUGGAGAUAAUGAAGCACACCGGCCCCGCCACCUCGGUAAAAAAACACCCUGUUCUCUCUGAUAUCCAGCAUACGUCAUCAGAACUCUCCAGGUGAGAACCCCAGUAUGUUCAAAAUGAUCAGCAAUAUGCAAGUAUGAACUUUGCCCAUAGGGAAUUGCUAUUUCAAUUUCCAGCGCAUGGGGGAGGAAGGUUCCUUUGUGUGGUCCUGAAAGAUUUGGUGGAGGAGUUAAGAAAUGCCAAGAUGGCCCUCUUUGCUUCUGACUUCUUCAGUAAUAUAUACUGAUGCUGAGCUACUCACUCCAAGAAGACACUAGCAUCCAUCUUGAAUAAAGCCCCUUUGUACCUUCAAAUCAGGGUUGUUUCUCACAGCAACAUUGUCAGCAAAAGAGAGAGGGGGAGAUGUAGACUAUAGAUGAUGACGGUGACAGGUUAGAGUGAUAAGAGAUACCUCAGGGAUCUUUAUAGGCAAGCCUUUGCUUUAGAGCUUUCUAUCAAAUGUGGCAUAUCCUCCCACCUCCAUUGCUUAUCAACAGAUGGAAGCAAACCUGGGAACACAGCCAAUGAUCAGACUUAGGCCUUUCACACAUCCUCCACUCCAGUCAAGCAACCUUUGAUGAGCUCUUCCUGUGGAGAAGGGUGGGAGGUUGCACUUCCCCACGUAUUUUCGGUUGCCAAAACGAAAAGAAAAAGGGGAGGAGAUAAAGAUGAGUGUUGGUGAAGGGACUUUGCGCUGACUCUUUGUGCUGCUUCUCUAAGGAUUUUCACUUCACCCUUCCUGCUCAAUUCAAGCUGGCAGAGGGUAGGGUCCAAUUCUGCUGCCUCUCUGUGGCAUAUGCCUGGCAGAAGCCUCUGGGAGCCGUGUGCAAGAAAGGAGCUGGAUUGCUGGCAAUGUAUGGGGACAGACUCCAAGCCACAAUCCCUGUCUGCACCCACUCUUUCCCAUAAGUGCUUCCCUGCUGCUGAACACACCUGGCGUGUCCACCUGGAACACACCUACCAUGCUGCUGGAUGCUGCAGGGCACAUUGAGAUAGUAACUAGUGGGACUUGAUUGUUGUCCCCACAAGGGCUUAUUUUCAAUUUGCAGCCAAAUAGAUUUCCAAGCCAUAGACCCUCGCUGCAUUCACCCACCUAUAUACCUGUAUCUCCCUCCUUCCUCCCCCCUCAAAGGCAAACUGGGGCGCUGACUGUCUCACUGGCAAUAUGAAUGCUAUUGCUUCAUCCCCAUCACGGGCUCUCUGGACCUCCCUGGUGCUGACUGCAGACAGACCUGGGUGUCUGCCAUUAGAACGGUAACAACUACAACAACAAAAAAAACCCUGUGCGAUUGGCUUUGAGUUCUUUCUUCAUCUCUUCUGCAUUCCCAAAUUCCUCUCCUAGCCAUACCAUUUGAGUGAGUUCUGGCACCCUUCUGUCGCUGCUGACAACAAAAAGGACACAGUGUGAAUCUGCCUGUGUAUGAAAAAGGCAGUAAAACUGUGUAUCGGAGAGCAGGACUCAGGUCUGCCGAUGCCAAGGGUACAGUUUCCUGGUGCUGAGGUAAAGGAAGGCCUCUGCAAUGUGUUAGUAGCUACACAUCUUUUACUCUGCUGGCCUCCUGCCAUUCAAGGCUAACAGCAAACACUGGUAUGCACUCCAAUGGGUCAGACAAAUUCUAUACUGUGGGGCAGGGGUUCCUCUGGGCAUGUGCAUACAUAUGAAACGUAUUGGGGAAGUGAAACACCUGUGAACAAGCCUGGCACAGCAGGAAGCUGUGAGGCUUGUGCGCUUGUACGCACAUACAUACACACACACACACACGGUACAUUGCAGUAUGCUUAAUUACUCUGUCCCACAGUGCAUUUUUGCCAAGUAGAAACAACGCGAUCUUUCCUAAGAUUCUGCUGGUAGUUAUUUAAUUUAUGUAUUCACUUUGUGACUUUUACAUCAUCUGCUUUCUUGACUGCAGCAUUAUUGUGUAAAUAUAUAUGUAUAUAUGUACAGAAAUUAACUCAAGCAAUUAUAUUCAGGUUGGGAAAAGGGUGGUUUUUAUAUCUGUACAGUAUUUCCUUAUUAAAUAAUGGCAUGGGGGGGGGGCUGGGAAAGUUAACUUCUAAGUUGUGGUUUUAUUGGUCUGUGGUGUUUGAAGUUGUUUCAGUGGUUGCUUUUGCUGGUUCAGAAAGUUUAUCUGGAUGUUAUAUGUGUGUGCCGAGAAAGGGUCCCCAGACAGGGGAGGUUUGGGAUUGGUGAGGGGUGGUGGGUAGCAGAGGGUGUUAAUAAUUUCCUGUAAUAAAAGCAGUGUUGAUUGCUAGGGAUUGUUUGUGUGAGGCACAGGGCUGUUUCCUUCUCUAUGUGCUAUGCUUUUUGAUUACUUUCUCUUCCCUGGUCCCUGUUGUCCUCUCUCUUAGAUGUCAGCAGAAUACAUUUGUUGCUACAGGGAUCUCUCUCUGGGCCUUCAUUUCCUCCUGACCAACUCUUCCAUCUCCCUCUUUUUAUGGCCUUCUCUGUACCAGUGGGAGAGGAGAUGAGAUGGUACCAUCUUGGACCCUCUGUGCCAUCCUUACCCACUUUACUUCCUCUGAUUUAGAUAUUCUGUGUCCUUCCUCCAAGCAGAACCUCAUUUUCAGGUGUUCUGAUCACUCCAGUUUACUGCUUCAUCUCCCUGGCCUCUUAUCUACUUAUUUCCCAUCUUACACAUCCUGAUUCUCCAAUUUCAUCUCAGCGCCUCUUCCCUCAGAAUGACUUAUGCUGGCUAUUUGCCCACUCUGCUCUUCUUAUUACUGUCUUGUUGCUUUGUUGUCUUCAUUGGACUGUGCAAUGCUGUGCAGAAUAGUGAAGGGCAGGACCCUACUUCUCUCCUGGAAAAUUCUAGCCCUGACUAGAUCAUUAGAUUAUGAUAUUUGGUAGCUAUUUUUGACUUCUGUCUCUUUCACUGAGGUGGAGUUCUACUCUUACCCACUCAAGGAAUAAGAAAUGAUCAGUCUGGCAAAUUAAUCAGUGCAAGGAAGCAGCAAAAUUGUCUUUUCUGAGAAAGCCAUGAGAAAGUCCUUCCUUGCUUGGUAGCUGACUGGUGAGUUUAGAGCAGGGGCAGAAAUAGUUUUUAUUCAGUUCACUUUGACGCACAUCAGGCUCAGUGGAGUCUUUUCCUUUUAAUCUACGUCAGUCAAGCAAGGCUGCUGGAAAGGAGUAUGCUAUCUUUUAGAAGCACAGGGAUCCCUUCCUUUAUUGACUAGAGGCCACUGGAUUCUAAACACCUACAUGAUGUUCCGCUGUUCCAAACCUGGGAGUGAGUACCUAGUAGUAUUUUGUCCCUUUGAGCCUGAUAAGUCAAUAUAAGCUUGUGCUUGAUACUAGAUAACUAGGAUUUGUGUUCUAGCACCACACCAGUUAGGGAACAGAGUAGCAGUGUGACAUGGUAAAUACUCAGUCAGAGACAGUGUGAAACCAGUAGUGGCUCUAGGCAGAUGCCAAGGCACCUCCUUCUCUCCCUUACGGAAAACUUGCAUUGGUCCUUAUUGAACUUCCAUUGGCCCACCAUCCCCCAAAGGCUGAGAUUACCAUCCAUGACACUGGCUGCUUAUCCCUGAAGACAUUUGAAUCUGCUUGCUGGUCACAAUCUGAGAAAGGGUCAGUUAGUCUCUGUGUAUGUGUGUGUAUUGCCAUGUCUCUGAGGGUCUGAGCUGUACCGUAUGACAGCAUAUGGACAAUGGAAAAGGUAUACUCAAAGGUUAUCAAGAGCAGCAGUCUCCUCCUGGAUGCUUCUACCAACUCUUAGUCACUCUAAAUCUCUGAUUUCUGGGUGGGAAAAACCUCUGCAGUUAAAUGGAAAUGGUGCUUUGCUGAGAGGAAUGAGCAGGGUAGGUGUACCUUUCAUGUGCCCUUGUUGUGACCUUGACAUGGCUUUCCCAGUGUGAUCUACAGCGGCCCCUAUACUUGUGAAUAAAUGACUGCAAAUACUCAUCAGUUUGGGAGGAGGUGUGUAUUUGAGACUUUUAUUUUCAUGAGUCUUUGUAGAACUCUAAACACAAGUGAAGUCAGAAAACACUGGCCCAUCUGGUGCUACUCCAAGGAUGUGCAUCUAUAUGGCAGCCAUCUCCUUGGGAGUACAUUUCAUAAAUUAGCUUCUGGCCAAAACACUGAGUUACCUUUGUCAGUGUCACCAGGCUCCUUUCUGUUUAUUCAGUGUGCCAUAAACAUGACAUACCUGCAGCAUCUGUAGGGGAUCCGGAGAGAACACAUCUGUCCCAUGGGACUUCUGUCUAGACCCGUGAGCAGUGGCUGGCAAGUUCCAUGUCACCUGGAGAAAGAUCAUACCUGCUUCUGAACAGACAAACAUUAACUAAGGGGAUAAGAUGAUAGCUUUGUGCUUUCUCCUGCUGCUUUCCUUACAGGCCUUGUAACCAGAUCUAUCAACACAGGCAGCUAAACUCCUGUGAAAAUUGAGGAGCUUUGGGGAAGCUGCUGGGGAGUUUAGAUGCCUAGAAUGCUCUUUGUGGAUUUCUUGCUUGUGUGGGCCUCUUCCUGCAAUGCAUUUUGCCAGGACUCAUCUCCCAGGAACUCACCUUGCUUGAAUAUAGCUUUGAGGGGUUCCCUCUGUUUGGGAUCACCAGGUGUAUGUUGCAUGCCUGUUGCUACUUGUCUGUAUUUCUUGCAUGUGUCUACUUGUUGGGGGACAGGGGUGGGUUCAUAGUGAUAUGUGUAUUUAUGCAGCUUGUUCACAUUUGUGUAUGUGGUGCCACAGCCUGUAUGUGUGCCUAGGUGUGUACGCAUAUUUGAGCUAAAUGACAAGUGUUUGAAGCCGUAUGCUGCUAAAGCCAGGUGAUGGGUACCCAUAAGUACCUUGGGAGCCCUGUUGUUGCUCUUGCUUAUCUGGUGAGCCCUGGUAUGGCUGCUUUGUUAGGACUCUGGAGGACCAGUCUGAAUCUGUGACAAAGCUGGGACGCAGACUCCUCCUGGAGAUGGUUUGAAUACAGCGUCAGAAACUUAUUCCAUGCUUUCACUCACUUAUGUGCUGAAUCCACUGUGCCAUAUUUUCAAACCAUUGUGCCACACUCAUUACCCACUUAGGCCUUAACCGGUAGCUGGAGCAGGAAGACAAACCUGCAUUGACUGGUAAAGUCAAAAGAUGUCUAGCCAACCCUGCCCUGUGACUAAAACAAGAGGCUAUCUUGCCUUUCUUUUUGCUGCUUUCCAGGGCAAUGCAAACACUGUAAUUCCACUUGCAAGCAAGCACUAGCCUGUCCUUUCUUGCUUCUGGAUCAGAUAUAGGCAGAAUCCGAGUUGUGUUAGAUUAUCUCCCACACCCACUACCUGGAAGAAUUUCACAGUUGCUUCUUGUAGCUGUGUAGGGAUCUUGCAAAUCCCAAGUUCUGAGGCAAUUCAGUUUCUUCAGAGGAGACAGUAUAUAAGAAGUAUGGGAGAGAGCGAACCUUCUGCAGCCAUCCUCCAUCCCAUUCGUUUCCCAAGAGAGAUCUCUACACUGGUAGCACCAGAGAGAAAAACUUGUUGGGAGGGCCCUACAGUGCCAACCAGAACAGCACUUUAACUGGCCAAACUGCUGACAAGACACUGCUGUCUUCUGUCAGCAACCAGAAAAGACAAUCAGGACCUGAUGAAGAGAUGUCAUGAUUAAUCUGAUGAGGAAAGAGCAAGACCUGGGGACUAGUGCCUCAUCUAAAGUCUGCUUCACCAGACCAUUAGUGCUGGUGUCAUCGGGGCUCUUAAUGGUUUCCUUUUAUUUAUAUAUAGAAAAUGUAACAUAAUGGUCUGUGGCCGCCAGUGACUCCUUCAACUAGAUUGCAUCCAUUCACCUCCUUUGCUUUAUUCCAUGUUCAGCUGCUCUUUCCUCUCCAUCACAUUGUAUCCUGUGCUCUGCCAGGCUUGUGUUUUAUGGAAGAGAAGAUAUAUGUGUGUGUGUGUAUACGUACGUGUGUAUUUAUGUAUUGUAACUAUUACCAACAUGCUAUACACCUAAAAGCUCCUAGCAAGCUGGAGCCUUCAAGAGGUGCUUGUAGGAAACAACUUCCCCACUAGACAGCAGUUAGUGUGGAUGUUAUCAAAGAAAGCUGCUAGCUUUGGAGGCCUCUUUGCCUGUCUGGAUGCUUUUCUUAUCUUUGGAGCAGGCUCUCUCUCACAUGUGGUCAGAAAUGCAGCAAACUGCUCUUUUUAGCUUUGCAUUUUUCAAAAUUUCUAAUGCGGAAGGAAUACGUUCCUUGAUUAUCUGUUGAUUUCUUUUGUUUGUUUUUGUUUGUUUGUUUGUUUGUUUUCUGCAGUCCUUUUAGUGGGAGCAGGGAGAUGUUUUCAGCAAUACAACUUUCUGAGACCUCAGCUCUGUGCAGUUGUUGUUUGUGUGGUUCAGCUGUUUGGGAUCUUUCCUUUGUACGUGUUUUCCUGAAUGGCAGGGCUAUCUUGAAGCAUCUCUUUGCCAGUGACCAAGGCUCCGUCUGUAUUUGGAGGCAUGGGCUGGUCUAUAAAGAAGGCAGCAGCCUUUCAGGAAGCAGUAGCUUUUCAUUGACUUCCCUGUGGAGUCACAGAAGGCAAACAAAUACCGACGCACAGGUGGGUUUUGGUUUGGAGUUGUGGGUUUUCUUGGUACUCCUUCUCUUUUCCUUCCUUUUUUUAAAAUUUUUCUCUAUUUUUCCCUUAAAAAUAAGUGUUACUUCAGUGAGCUUUGGGGUGGGGAGAAGGCAAGGAGGGAGUCUGACCCCUGGGUCCCUCCCUCCUGACUCCAUUUGGAAUUGCCAUUGUGAGAGGGAGAAAGGUCCUUUUGGGGGGAUUUCUGUGGUGACAAUCAGAGCAGGGGUCUGGUGGCUGCUGAGGAGCCUGGCCUAAAGGCCAUGGGUGCCCAAAGUGAUCACCCUCUGGCUUGCACUUGUCUUGGGGCAGGCUGGAGAGUGGGCUGAGAAGAAACCUCUCACUCACAGUUCAUGGGAGGGAGGUGGGAGAAAGAAGAUAAACAGGCAGAAAGGAGGCCAACAGAUUUGGAUUGGCCUGAGCCAUCCCCUCAGCUCCCUGUAUUGCCUCCUCCUCACACAGGUCUCCCCAUGCAGGAGUGAGGCCAUGGGGACGGACGGGAAGAUGGCUGUGCCUGGGCCAGAGCUGUCCAGCGUUGCCUCCAGUGGACAGGGCUGACUCUCAGCUUGGACAAUGCCUUUUUGGGCCCAGCAGAGUCUCACAAGCCAUGAAGUAUGGGUUAAAGGUGGGGCAUGGAUAUCUAGCCAGAUAUCAAUGCCUUGCCACCAAGAGAAAGCCCAGCACCUUCACCCUUUGGCACUUGGAAGUGGCUGCAAGAAGCAGUGGAGGACUGCUGUGUCUACUGGGGUUGGGGCAGGUAGUAUCUUCAAAGUUGACAGAGGUUAACUCUGGCUGUAUUUGAUUUCUAACUAAUGUACAUUUACUUUUGAGAGCACAUUUGAUUAGCUCAGUCUAUCAACCAAAAGGAAAAGGAAUACUCACCUCUAGUGUAAGUCUUCUACUGCCCAACACUGCUACCUCCUCUUGAGCUGUUGGUAUCUUGUGAUGAACCUGACCACCCGUCAGGCUGUUGUACACAGCGGAUAUUUCCCUAUUCACUUCUAAGACCAUCUUUGCCUAAAUUUUGCCUCCUCCUCAUCCCCUUUGCACACGCACAUGCGCGCGCACGUACGCCCACCUCCAGCCACUCCACUGGUGAAAAUCAGAGCCACAGAGACAUGAGUGCCAAAUGACUUUUUGUUUUUCAAGUAAAUGAUAAAAAAAUAAGGUUUUCUUUCUUUCUUUCUUUCUCGUUUUUUUUUUUUUUUUUUUUUUUUUAACAUAUACAAAUGUAAAAGGGAACUGACAGCGAAAUGGUGGUGGCGAGAGGAAAUGGGAUGUUUUGUAACCCUAGCUGCAGUUAAAAAAAAAAAAAAAGAAAUGAAAAUACAUUAAAAAUAUUUAAAAAACACAAAAAGGAAAAAAAAAACUUGAACUAUUUUGGAAAUAUUGUGAAUAAUUUUUUGAUAUAAAAACUAAUUUUUAUGUAGCAUGAAAACCACCAAAAUAAAAUUAUCAAGAACAAAAGCUGUGCAGAGGGUGUUUUUGUUUAGUUUUUGAGGGUAAAAAGGGAGAGAGAAGCAGUGGUGUCUGAGAGAGGAAUGCUGCUGCUGUGGCUUUUAUGGCAAGAUUAACAAUAUAUGAUGUUUUUUUCAGUCUUGGAUACUGGAGUUUUGUGAUUAUGUUAAAAGGAAAAAAAAAAAGAAGAAAAAUCACAACUCACAUUUUAUAUGAAAGGAAUUUUUUAUCUCUGAUUGCUGUGGAGAGAAUCUUGAAAAUAAGAACUGAAUGAAUCCCAAAGGCUCAAAAAAAAAAAAAAAAGGCAAAUUAAAGUAACUACAAAUUGCUUUUGAGUGUUAACAGUGUUCAUGAAUAUUUUUCUACUUGAUUUGUCCUUUUUUGAGAAGCUGAGGUUGUGGUAUUGAGGAGGCAGGUGUGAAGGAGGUGAGGCAUUAAGGAAGGGUUAAUGAAGUUCGGGGUUUUGUUCUGUGAGGCACAGGAGGUAAGCUGGGACCUCUUCACAUCUCCUGAGUAAGGGAACAAAGUACUGCCCUUUUACACGAUAUAUUGGCACUGUCAUUUAUUCCUUAAAAAAAAAAAAAAAAAAGGUAAUACAGGUGUCU